AUGUUCGCGCGUGGUUUCUCUACCUCGUUGCUUGCCCGCAAUGCCGUGGCUGCCUCUCGCCCAUCGCCAAAGGAAUUUGCUGUGAAAGACCCAAAAGUUUUGGCUAAGAGAGCACAGCGCAAGAAAACUAAGCAUAAGCAGCCUCCACAAUCUCAUCCAUUAUACAUGGAAGUGCCUCAGGCAAUGAAGUUCCUUCGUGCUGCCGAGGUAGGUCAGCCAGCCAAGAAAACAACCAUCGCAGUUCAGUUGAUGGUCAUUCCAGAGAAAGGUUCUACACCUUUGCAAGGCAAGAUUUUCUUCCCCAAGCCCAUCAAAGACAACAAAGUACUUGUGUUUACGCUGGAUGACAACACACGUGCUGAGAUCAAUAAGUUGGACGACACCAUUGUGGUGGGAGGUUCUGGUUUGAUUGAGCAGAUUCAGCUGGGAGAAUUGGACAUUGGUAAAUUCAACCAGUCGUACGCCACGCCAGAAAUGGUUCCUAUGCUCAGACCAAUUGCACGUGCGUUGGGUCCUAAGGGAUUAAUGCCUACAGCUAAGAGAGGAACUGUGUCUGAAAGUGUUGUGCAGCUCUUGGAGGAGAACUUUGGAGCCUUUAAUUUCAAGCAAAAGGGUAACCUUUUGAGCAUUCCUGUUGGACGUUGUGACUUCAGUGAUGGGGAAAUCAUCCGGAACCUCCAGGCAGCAUCUGAUGCUGUUUACGCCUGCCAACCUCCAGGAACUAAGAAACCCAACUUGAUUGGACAAUGUUAUAUUAGCAGCACAUUGGGACCGGCCAUGGUGAUUGACUUCAAGAACUAA